AUGCGCGCCGUGUCAGUUAGAGGCAAACACUGGCUUGCAAUCGGCUUGCUGGUACUUCUGCAGUUGAUCUUGUCGGAGCACGGACAGACUGCGGUCUUCUCGCAGGCUGUCCGUCCCGGGCCCGCGCUCGUGGGCCAUGGCCUCCGGCGGCUGGAGGCGAGGCCGCCACGCCGCCUGCUCUGCCGCGGGCAGCCCGAGCGCGACCUGGCGGCCGAACGGGCCGCCCUCCGCGAGGGGCUCGGCGCCCUGGCCGGGGAGGUGAGGCUGCUCCGCGAGGCCCUUCGUGGGGCGGGGGCCGCCGCCGCAGCGCCAGUGGCGGCGCACGAGGCGCCCCGGGCUCGGGCGUCUCCGGCCAGCGGCGGCAGAGAGCAGCCGCUGUCAGGCGCACCCCCCGCGGCCGCCUCGACCGUGAAGGUGGUGAGCGCCGGGAACGAGGCGGGGAGCAUCGCCGACUUCUUCGUGGACGACCUGCCGCUGCACAUGAGCGGCCCCGAGGGCCGGCGAGGGCUCAACGUCGUGGUCGUGGACCCCGGAAGCGGGCAAGUGCUCACCGCCAAGUCGUACGACAUCUGGGGAGACCCCUCUGGCCAGAACAGGCGCUUCGCCGCUGACAUCGGCGGCCUGCCCGAUGGCCAGGUGGUGCUCGUCGCGCUGAAGGACUCGGGCGGCGAGAACCUGAGCCUGGACGCGCUCGAGGCGCUGGAGAGCGUGGGCGCGCUGCUGGACGAGCGCCUUGGGUUCCGCGAGGGCUACGCGCUGAUAGGCUCCGUGCGCCGCGCUAGCGCCGCGCCUGGGAGCGCGGCGGACGGUGUGCUGGCAAACGAGGGCGCGCCGGAGCCGCGCCCCGGCGGAGCCCCCGCGGGCCCGCCGGCGGCCCCGCGCUCCCGCAUGGCGGGCCCCGCGGUGGGCCCGCGGGCGCGGCGGCGCGCGGCGCCGCAGGCGCUGCUGGCCGCAGGGGCCGCGUGCGCGCUGCUGCUCCUCGGCGCGGCGGCCAGCCACGGCUUCGCCGUGGCGCCGGGCGCGGCCCCGCGCGGGCGGGCCGGGGAGGCCUCAGAGUCGACCAAUGCGCGCGGCCUCGUCCAGACAACCGCCAGCGGGAGCGGCCUGGGCCCUCCGCGCGGCGCCCCGCGCGCCGCCGGCGGCCUCGCCGCGGCGGCGGCCGCGGCCCUGGCGGGCGCGUGCCUGGGGCUCGGUCCGGCGCGGGCCGGGCCGCCCGCGCCCCUCGUGCGGUGCCGGGCGGCGUCCACGGGCGACGUGAACUACCUCGUCCUGCUGACCAAGGGUGACCUCCCCAAACGCAUCCUCACCGUGCUGUUCCUGCUGGCCCUGUGCCGCGUGGGCUACUACAUACCCCUGUACGGCUUCGACGUGGACGCGGCGCAGGAGUACUUCUCUCGGCAGGCGUCCAACAGCGGUAUCGGCUUCAUCGACCAGCUGUUCGGCGGAGGGCUUGGCAGGACCAGCAUCUUCAGCCUGGGCAUCGGGCCCUACAUCACGGCGUCGAUCAUCUUCCAGAUCCUCACGACGGUAACCCCGUCGCUGAAGUCCCUCGCGCAGGGAGAGGAGGGUGAGGCUGGCAGGGAGACGUACAAGAACUACAUCAAGCAGUCGGCCUUCGCGCUUGGGUGUAUCCAGGGGUACGGCCAGAUGACGCAGCUGCAGCCCUUCGUCUUUGACAACCAGGGCUUCUGGCCACUGCAGAUCACCCUGCAAUUUGCCAUCGGGGCGCAGAUUAUCCUGUUCAUCGCUGACAAGAUUACGGACCAGAAGCUCGGGAACGGGACGUCGCUGCUCGUCUUCAGCAGCAUCGUCGCGAACCUCCCCCGCACUGCUGGCACCAUAGUGGCAAAGGCGGCCGAAUCGGACACGAGCAGCUUCGCCGGUGGCAUCUUCGGCGUGACACUGCUCGUCACCAUCCUGGGCGUCGUGUACGUGCUCUCCGCGGAGAGGCGCAUCCCCAUCGUCUUCGCCAAGCGCCUGCAGGACGAGGCGAGCGGUCAAGGGGGCACCGGCGAUGCGGGCGAGAGCUAUCUGCCCGUCAAGCUGAACGCCUCGGGCGUCCUGCCCCUCAUCUUCGCGGGCUCUCUCCUGUCGCUGCCGGCCCUCGCCGCAAACUACACCAAGGUCCCCUGGCUCCAACCGAUUGCGAAGAACCUGCUGCCUGGGAGCGAUCUGUACAUCCCGCUGAGCUGUGCCCUGAUCUUUGUUUUCUCCUACAUCUCCACCUUCCAAGUGCUCGAUCCGAAGGACAUGUCCACGGUCUUGCGCAAGCAGGCAGCCGCCAUUCCUCAGGUGAGGCCAGGGAAGGAGACCGAAGAGUACAUCAAGGGCGUUCUCGAGCGCCAGUCCGUCUUCGGCGGCGUCAUCCUCGCCGUGCUCUUUGUGCUACCCAACGCCAUCGAGAACCUGACGCAGCUGAGCACGCCCAACUCCUUCGGGGGGACGUCCCUGCUAAUCCUCGUGGGCGUGGCUGCGGACACCUGGCGGCAGCUGCAGGGAGAGCUGCUCAUGCAGCAGUACGCCGCGGACGUCGACACAUUUUAUAAGGGGAAGCGCGACCAGUGA